AUGAGUGCGAAAAUAGAAAAGGUCAUCGUGCGAUUACAGGAAAGAAUUGCUGAAGGACAAUUCUACGAAGCCCAACAGCAGACACGAGUCGUCGCCGCGCGCUAUGUGAAGCAGGAGAACUGGGAGGCCGCAGUCGAUAUUCUAUUCAAUGUGGCACAGUCGCUGCUGAAGGCAGGCCAGGGAGGGAGUGGUGGCGAUCUUGGUAUCUUUCUGAUCGAUGUCUACAAACAAGCGGCACUCAAGCCGGACUCGAGCAACAAAGGCAGGCUUCUAACGCUACUACGACAAUUCGAUAGCGAGGAGCCUACAAGGAAGAAGUUCAUAAGUGAAAUGAUAAUAUGGUCUGCAAAGUACGGCGAGUACCCCGCUGGCGAACCAGACUUGCACCAUGUUGCGGGAUCUUUAUACGCAGAGGAGCAUGACGCAUAUGAAGCUGAACGACAUCUUACUCUUGGAACGAAGGACUCCCCGGAGAUAUUUGCGAGGUUGGAAUACGAAUGGUAUACCCAGGAUGAUUCACAUACGGCCGCACUCUAUGCUGCUCGAGCGGUCUUUCCCUACCUCCUCACUGGCAACGUCCGUGAUGCUUCGAGAUCGCUCAGACUAUUCACGAGCAGAUUGACUGAGGCAAAUAAGAAUUUGACUGUUCAGGAUGUCAGUAGUGGUAGUUCAGACAUCAGGAUAUACCCAAGUCUGCCACUGCUGAACUUCCUUGGUUUGCUGCUACUGGCUGUGCAGAAGGGUGGUGCGGACUUAUUCCAACGGCUCAAGACCAAAUACGCGGCUCAAAUUAGGGAGGCGGGCACAUGGGACGAGGCAUUGACUUCCGUAGGAGAGAUGUACUUUGGCAUACAGAGACCAAGACAGGGUAAUCCUCUCUUCGAUAUGAUGGGAAGCAUGUUUGGUGGAGGAGCUGGGGCUGCGAAACCACAACCGAAGCGUGUAGGAGGGUCGGCCCCUGUGGCAGAAGGACUAGACUGA